UCUAUCAGUUUAAGAAUUCUAUCUUGUAAGCAAAAUUUAACAUUACCCGGAAUGUAACACAACCACGAGGGGUUGACAAGCUUACAGAGGUGGUUCAGCUUGAUUACAUAAUACCUCCAGCAAGCUGUACAGGCAUGAAUCACAUUAGUAAUUCUGUAGAAAACUGCUGACGAUUCACACCAAAUCCUUCAAUGACACAUAGCCUCAGUUCAGGGCAGACUUUACUACCAAAAGGAAUUCAGAAAGACAGAUUGCGGCUUUUAAUGCAUUAACUGAAAUGAAUUUUUAAAACCGUGUUGGAUACCAGACCACAGCAUGUAAAAUAUUUUUUCCUUCCACGGAAAUCUAACAGUGGAAGAAAUAAACUGUGUAUAUAUGAUGAAAAUUGAGACAAUUUAUUUCAGGAGGUAAAUGAAAAAUGCAUUGACCUAUGAAACUAAAUUAACCUCAUAGUCUUCCUCUAGAACUCCUAGAUACACUCUGAAUUAAAAAUGCUACUUCUUGGGCCAAUAAAAAACUCCAGACCAGUCCCAAGACUGAAGCUUGAACAUUCCUGGAGACUCCAAGGGCUUGCAGCAGAGGGCUGGCUGGGAGCUGGACAAAUCUCAAGUCUCGAAGAAGGCGACGAGGCCAAACCGGAUCUGUGCUACUGCUUUUCCCUUGCCAGUAGACAGGGUAAACAAUAACAUGCCUCUGUAAAUUCUUGCUUGGGUCAUGCAAAAGAGGCUCGCACUCACGAGGGGGCGGGGCGACUGGGCGUGAGAAGAGAAAGGAACACAGCGCCAAGCGGAGAAGAGGUUGGGUGAAAACCAGGCUGAGCCUGGCCUUCCUUACCCAUCCUCAGGGUUGUGCCCGUGCGUGGGCGGAGCCGCCCACAUCUCUCCGGACCACGGCCAACCUCCCGCAGCAUCCGGCAGGAAGCUGCUUUAGCCGGGACUGCGAAGCCGCUAAUCGGAUUUUCUGCUCGCGUUCCGGGGGUCCGCAGCCAGGGAUGCAACCCGAGCUUGGAAAACCGGCGGGGGCGGCACCAGCCUCUUUCCCCUUCCUGAUCGUUAGCUGAGCGCAUUUCUUCCUUCUUGCAGUCAUCAGCCUUGUUCAGGUUCCCGUGGUUUCAAAUCAGAAUUGUUCAAACUCCUGGCAGUCCUGAACACUUCAUCUUGGUUUACUGUUUUUCUACUUUGACUAUAUCAUGGAAAAUCAAUUGGCAAAAUCAAUUGAAGAACGGACAUUUCAGUAUCAGGAUUCUCUUCCACCAUUGCCUGUCCCUUCACUUGAAGAAUCGUUAAAAAAAUACCUUGAAUCAGUAAAGCCAUUUGCAAAUGAAGAAGAAUAUAAGAAAACUGAAGAAAUAGUUCAAAAGUUUCAAAAUGGAGUUGGUGAGAAAUUGCAUCAGAAAUUACUUGAAAGGGCUAAAGGAAAAAGAAACUGGCUGGAGGAGUGGUGGCUCAAUGUUGCCUACCUGGAUGUGCGUAUGCCAUCCCAGCUCAAUGUGAACUUUGUGGGUCCUUCUCCGCAUUUUGAACACUGCUGGCCUGCAAGGGAAGGCACUCAGUUAGAAAGAGGAAGUAUAAUUCUUUGGCACAACUUGAACUACUGGCAGCUGCUAAGAAGAGAAAAAUUGCCUGUACACAAAUCUGGAAAUACUCCUCUAGACAUGAACCAAUUCCGAAUGUUGUUUUCUACCUGCAAGAUUCCGGGAGUUGCUAGAGAUUCAAUUAUGAGUUAUUUUAGGACUGAGAGUGAAGGCCACUGUCCAACCCACAUUGCUGUGCUGUGUCAAGGCAGAGCUUUUGUCUUUGACGUGCUGCAUGAAGGAAGUUUGAUCACCCCACCAGAGCUCCUCAGACAACUGACGUAUAUCCACAAGAAGUGCUGGAGUGAACCCGCGGGACCCGGCGUAGCAGCGUUAACCAGUGAGGAGCGAACGCGAUGGGCGGAGGCCAGAGAAUAUCUGAUUGGUCUUGAUCCAGAGAACUUGACUUUAUUAGAAAAAAUUCAAACCAGUUUAUUUGUGUAUUCCAUAGAAGACACCAGUCCACAUGUAACCCCAGAAGAUUUUUCUCAGGUCUUCGAAAUGCUUCUUGCUGGAGAUCCAGCAGUACGCUGGGGUGACAAGUCCUAUAAUUUGAUUUCCUUUGCUAAUGGAGUAUUUGGCUGUUGUUGUGAUCAUGCUCCUUACGAUGCAAUGGUUAUGGUGAACAUUGCCCAUUAUGUUGAUGAGAGAGUCUUAGAGACGGAAGGAAGAUGGAAGGGUUCAGAAAAAGUCCGGGAAAUACCACUUCCUGAGGAGCUGGCUUUCACUGUGGAUGAGAAAAUACUAAGUGACAUCUACCAAGCCAAAGCCCAGCACCUCGAGGGGGCGUCGGAUCUCCAGGUCGCAGCACGUGCCUUUACAGCUUUUGGCAAAAAGCUCACCAAGAAGGAGGCCCUGCAUCCUGACACCUUUAUUCAGCUCGCACUUCAGCUCGCCUACUACAGACUUCACGGACGCCCUGGUUGCUGCUAUGAAACAGCUAUGACAAGAUACUUUUACCAUGGCCGAACAGAGACCGUACGCUCGUGUACAGUGGAGGCAAUUAGGUGGUGCCAGUCAAUGCAGGAUCCCUCUACCAGUCUUCUUGAACGGCAGCAAAAGAUGUUACAAGCUUUUGCAAAGCAUAAUAAGAUGAUGAAAGAUUGUUCAAAUGGAAAAGGAUUUGACCGUCACCUUCUAGGUCUUUUGCUUGUAGCAAAAGAGGAAGGCCUCCCUGUUCCAGAGCUAUUUGAGGACCCUCUUUUCUCCAGAAGUGGAGGAGGCGGGAACUUUGUUCUUUCCACAAGUCUGGUUGGUUACUUACGAAUCCAGGGAGUCGUGGUUCCCAUGGUACACAAUGGAUACGGGUUUUUCUACCACAUCCGAGACGACAGGUUUGUGGUGGCAUGUUCAGCCUGGAGGUCAUGUCCGGAGACUGAUUCAGAAAAGCUAGUUCAGAUGAUUUUUCAUGCUUUCCACGAUAUGAUACAGUUGAUGAACACCGCUCAUCUUUAGAGAUUCAGAGACAGACACAGAUCAACUCGGUACAGAGAGUAGAUGGAGAAAUGACCUGGAAGGAAUGUUGACUUAAAGGAGGAGACUUGUUAAGUGUGGUGAUUAGUAGUCUUGCUCUCUAGAUUUAUUCUACCUUAGAAGGUGGAAGCAUCUUAAAACUUCCGGUGUUGCAGCAGCAAUGUGAAGUCAGACAUAGUGACACAGAACGUCUGUGCAAUGUCUAAUGGAAGCCUCAACAAUGCACUCUCACGGUUGUGACAAUGCAAAUCCUACUCUAACGUUAAAAUACCUUUCUUGGCACAUGUAUAGACUGCAAGUCCUCUGUGAACAUAAUUGUAGACUAUUUUUCAAGCACUUUUAAUAUUUUCUAAUUGCCAGAGGUUAUAUAAAGCACAUGGUUAGAUGCUAACUUCCCUGAAGUCAGUGCCUUCCACACCCAGUACAGGGAUACAAGCCUAUUAGGUUUCAUGGGAAAACCACUACAGUUCAAUAGUGAUCUCAAAAAGCUCCUUUGAACAGACAAAAGAAUCAAGUUGUAUUAGAAGUAUUUACAUUAAUACAGAAAAAAAAUCCCAGCAAAACUCAUAUGAUACAUUGUAAUUCAUUCUGUGAAUACAAAAUUAAGGCACUUCCAUUUAAACUUAAUUGUUAGAGGUAGUGACUUUGAAAGGGUUAAAUGUUGAAUAUUAUUCUCAGGACUUUACAGUUGUUUCCCAUUGAUAUUCACUUGUGUGGUUUAUAUUUUCAAAGAAUAAAGCAUCCAGAAUCAUA